AUCUUCCACUUCCUUCCCUUGGCGUAAAAGAAACAGAAAUCUCUCGUCUCGUCGUCUCCGCUCCUUGCGCCAAGACGAGUCGCGGGUGAACAGGGGAGGGGACGCCGGACGCCGAUCUCCAUCUGGCGAGCAGAGCAACGGAGGGGAGGUGCGCCGAUCUCCAUCUGGCGAGCAGAGCAGGGGAGGGGAGGGGAGGGGAUCGGGCGAAAUUUGUGAAAUCUUUCAGUUGAUGAAAUCUUAAAAUCAUGGGAGAAAAUACUGGCGAUAAUCCAAACAUGUCAAUUCUUCAAAGAAUUGCCACAAGUGAUGUUCCACUGGUGAAAGAGUAUGGUCUGCCUGGAAUUAUUGGUGCCAUUCUACUUGCUGUAGUUAUUCCUAUCAUGCUUUCUUCCAUAUUCAACAAAAAGGGAAAGAAAAGAGCAGUACAAGCUGAUGUGGGUGGUGAGGCAGGACUUGCCAUGCGAAACAGUAGAUUUUCCAUGUUAGUUGAAGUUCCAUGGGAGGGUGCCACCACAAUGGCAGCUUUAUUUGAGAUGGCUAGCAAAAAAUACCCUCGACACAGGUGUCUUGGCACAAGGAAGCUAAUCAAUAGAGAAUUUGUGGAGUCACCUGAUGGCAGGAAGUUCGAGAAAUUGCAUUUAGGUGAAUAUGAAUGGGAUACCUACGCAGAAGCAUUUAGUCGUGCAUGUAAUUUUUCUUCUGGUCUCAUCAAGUUGGGUCACCAACGAGAUAGUCGUGCUGCAAUAUUUGCUGAUACAAGAACUGAGUGGAUCAUUGCUGCUCAGGGAUGCUUUCGACAAAAUCUAACAGUUGUAACUAUCUAUGCAUCUCUUGGCGAGGAUGCACUGGUGCAUUCACUGAAUGAGACACAGGUUUCAACUCUGAUAUGUGAUUCAAAGCAACUUAAGAAGCUACCUGCAAUCAGUUCCAAGUUGCAGAGUGUUAAGCAUGUUAUCUAUAUUGAGGAUGAACCUGUUGAGGCUGAGGUACUCAAUCAAAUGAAGCACUGGACAACAUUUUCUUUUGGUGAAGUUGAAGAAUUGGGUAAAACAUCACAUACAGAUGCAAGAUUACCUUCAAGCACUGAUACUGCAGUUAUUAUGUAUACAAGUGGAAGUACGGGUCUUCCCAAGGGUGUAAUGAUUACACAUGGAAAUAUGGUGGCCACAACUGCAGCUGUCAUGACAAUCAUACCAAAACUUGGCACAGGGGAUGUUUAUCUGGCAUACCUUCCGCUGGCUCAUGUCUUUGAACUAGCAGCAGAGACUGUCAUGUUAGCUUCUGGUGCUGCCAUUGGAUAUGGCUCAGCUCUGACUAUGACAGAUACAUCAAAUAAAAUAAAGAAGGGGACAAAAGGAGAUGUUUCUGCACUGAAGCCUACUCUUAUGAUUUCAGUCCCUGCAAUUUUAGACCGCAUCAGAGAUGCCGUGUUUAAAAAGGUUGGUGAGAAGGGUGGUCUGACCAAAAAGCUGUUUGACAUUGCCUAUAAACGAAAUCUUGGAGCUAUUGAAGGAAGUUGGUUUGGAUCCUGGGCACCAGAGAGGAUGAUAUGGGAUAACCUCAUUUUUAAACCAAUACGUUCCAUGCUUGGUGGGCGCAUUAGAUUUGUUCUUUGUGGUGGUGCACCUCUAUCGAGUGACACACAAAGAUUUAUGAAUAUAUGUCUUGGUGUACCAGUAGGUCAAGGCUAUGGAUUGACAGAGACUUGUGCUGGAGCAGCCUUUUCUGAAUGGGAUGACACAAGUGUGGGCCGUGUUGGUCCACCCCUUCCUUGUUGCUAUGUCAAGCUCGUUUCAUGGGAAGAAGGUGGCUAUAAAAUUUCUGAUUCUCCAAUGCCCCGAGGAGAGGUUGUAGUUGGUGGAUACAGCAUAACAAAAGGUUAUUUCAACAAUGAAGCAAAAACAAAUGAGGUCUACAAGGUAGAUGAGAGGGGAAUGCGCUGGUUUUACACUGGAGAUAUUGGCCAGUUCCAUCCUGAUGGGUGCCUCGAGAUCAUUGAUAGAAAAAAGGAUAUAGUAAAACUUCAGCAUGGAGAAUAUGUGUCUCUUGGCAAGGUUGAAUCAGCUCUAACUACUAGCAAUUAUGUGGACAGCAUAAUGGUUUAUGCUGAUCCAUUUCAUAAUUAUUGUGUGGCGUUGGUAGUGCCGGCGCACCAGGCCUUAGAGCAGUGGGCUCAAAAUUCUGGGAUUAACUACAAAAACUUUGAUGAGCUGUGCCACAAUGAUCAAGCCAUUAAGGAGGUCCAGCAAUCUCUAUCAAAGGCUGCAAAAGCAGCGAGGCUUGAGAAGUUUGAAAUACCAGCAAAGAUUGUGUUGCUGCCUGAACCAUGGACUCCAGAGUCUGGGCUGGUGACAGCUGCACUUAAACUGAAGAGGGAGCAGAUAAAGACCAAAUUCAAAGAUGAUCUGGGCAAGCUCUAUCACUGAAUCAGCUAUGAUGUCUGCUGGGGCACCAUUAUGGAUGAAAUAAUCUAUGUUCUUUUGCUAUUUGUCAUCCGCAAGGCUCUCUUGACGGGAUGACCUGCUCACUAAAUUCAGCGUGUAGUCAAUACCCCGAAUGCUAGACCCGGGAAACGACUGGGACGUGGAGCAGUGUAAUUAUGGGAUUUCUCCGUGCCUUGUUAGGAUAAUAAAUUUCUCAAGACCGGAUUAACCUGCUUCUGUUCUUCUGGUUAAUAAUAUAUAGUUGCAUGUUCCUUUUCUUAGCU